UACUAUAAAGAAUCAACUAUUGUUACAACUGUCAGUUGAUAUAAGUAGAAAAGUUGUUGAGUGGAAGUCACGUCCAUCAAAUUUCCAGCUCGUUGCUAACAGUUAGUUAGAAAUCACAAGAAACAAGCAAUCAACCUUUCUUGAGAUCGCCGUCGAUAAGAGAGCAACUGCAAUUUUCCGGCGAAACUUCGCCGGAAUCUCAUAACAUGAAAAGCAGAGGAACUAAGAAGAAGAGCUUGAAAAUCAGAAACAUAGAGCAUACUGAAUCAGCCGAAAUGAAGACUAAUAAUAAGAAAUUGAAGCGUAAAUUGGUGAAAUACGAAGAAUUACCGGCGUAUCUUAAAGAUAACGAGUUUAUCAGAGACUAUUACCGCUGUGAAUGGCCUCUUAAGGAUACCGCUCUCAGUCUCUUCUCCUUACACAAUGAAACUCUCAAUAUUUGGACGCAUUUGGUAGGAUUUCUGGUAUUUGUGAUUUUGACGGUAAUGACCUUGACGGAGAAGACGACAAUAGAGAAUUUGCUUACUGGUUUCUCCAGACCGGCGGGAGAGGGACGGUGGAUGACAAUGAAGAGAAAUGGGUCAGCUGAUUCUUUUCCGGAUACUUACACCAGGCAGAUCUCAGCCCCAUCAUUUAUCGGUGCAUAUCGAGAUGGUUAUGAAGUUGCCAUAUGGCCUUGGUUUGUAUUCCUGGGAGGGGCUAUGGUUUGUUUGGUCUUCAGCUCUGUCUCUCACCUAUUUGCUUGCCACUCGCAUAAAUUCACCCUCUUCUUCUGGCGUCUCGACUACUCUGGAAUCUCUAUCAUGAUCAUCUGCUCUUUCUUUGCUCCCAUAUAUUACACUUUCUCCUGUCAACCAUACUGGCGUUUCUUUUACUUAACAUCCAUUACUAUAGUUGGUAUCCUAGUCAUUAUCACCCUUUUCGCCCCGGCUGUCACCUCUGGUCAUUUCAGAUCAUUCAGGGCUGCUCUGUUUCUUGCUAUGGGUUUCUCAGGUGUGAUUCCAGCAGCACAUGCUGUUUCCCUCUACUUUCAUCAUCCACAAGUACUCGUGGCUCUUGUCUACGAGAUCGCCAUGGGCCUUUUGUAUGCUGCUGGAGCAGUUUUCUACGUUACGAGGUUUCCAGAGAGAUGGAAACCGGGUGCAUUUGACCUUUUUGGACACAGCCAUCAAAUAUUCCAUGUACUCGUCGUUGCAGCAGCCCUGGCACAUAGCAUAGCUACUCUGGUUAUCAUGGACUGGCGUCGAGAAUUGCCACCGUGCAAUGCAGGUAUUCUUGGAUAGACAAUACAUCUGCAAAUGGCAUAAUUCCCAACUCAGAAACUUUAUUACUCUAGCUUCUAACAGGAUCAUGAAUAUAUCACUAUAUUGAUGUUCAGCUAGAUGCUUCCAUUAAUUAGGAGCAGUUUAGGUACAUCAAUGACAUUGAUAGUUCUCAUACUGUUGUCUUCGUAUCUUACAGAAACAUAUAUGUCCGUUGUCCAUGGAUUCUUAUUGAGUUCAUACAUACGUGAUAUUUUGAUGCC